AUGGUCAAGCACUCUGCUGCGCGCUCGACGACGGCCAAGGCGCGCGGCAUCUCAGUCUCGUCGGCAGAUUCGGCCUCGGCGGUGGCCCCCCUCUUCCCCAGGCCAACGUUCCGUCACCCUGCCGCUCCCUCGAUCGCCUCGGCCUCUUCGACCCCUCAGCAACUUCCGUCCUCGAGCCUGCGCAUCAAGAUAAGCACUCAGCCUCCCCUGCCCAUCAGCCGCUUCCUCACCACCUUCAACGCCUCCGCACCCUACCCCUUUGUCGACCUCGCCGAAAAGAUCCUCUCCUCGCUCGCAAGGGUCGCUCACACCAACGACGCCGUCUCGCUCCUCGCAAGGUGCACAUCCGAGUCUCUCUCUCUCUCCAUCGAUGGCUUUGAAAUCAUCCCGGACGACGUCGUAGCCACUAUACGCGACGGCGACCUCAUCGACGUCAGCAUACACCCGCAACACGCUCUGCAGCUCACCUCCUCUAGCUCAAAGGCUGCGGGCAAGCUGUCAAGAGCAAGUCAUCAAGUCACUGAGCGCCCCAGAAAGAGGCAGAGACGACGGAGCACUCCAGAUUCGAGCUCGUCAGCCUCUACCUCGAGCUCAGUCUCUUCAUCCACCUCGUCUUCGUCCGACUCGUCCAGUAGCCGUAACAGCCACAGCUCGGGGUCGGAUCCGGAGCCGCCGCUGGAUGCAGAGGCCAGCGACGCCCUCCUCCAGGCAAAUCGCAUCGCCGCACUCAUGCGCUCCGAGCUCGGCGGCAGAGGCGGCAGCGGCAGCGACAGCGAGGACGACGACGUCGAAGACGAUGACGCUGAAGAGGGUCAGGAUGAAUACAACGGCGAGGCUGACGACGGCGAGGGCUACAGCGACGCUGAUCGCGGCGGCCAAGAGGGCACGCAACCCUCGCAGGACGCAUAUGGACCGCGCACACCACGUGCUAGCGCCAAGGUGAUCCCGCCUGGCGGGGACAUCGACGGGGACUAUGACAUCGACGACUUUCCCAAGCCGCCACCCGGGCUCGGCCAGCCGAUGGCGCUGCCCGGAAGCCUACCGUCAGGCAGAGCAAGGUCAUCUGUCAAGUCCGCUGCUGCAGUCACCAUGCCCGUGCCACCAAGCCUCGGCUCACUUGGCGGCUCCAGCUCCGUCGCCGCAGCUAUGGCUGCUUUCGAGGCUCGCAAAAAGGCCUCCGGCCCAAAGAAUCGCGCUCAGCCAAGGGUCGUCGCCCCGGAGAUAAAAGCGGCGCCGAGGUCGUCGGACCCUAUUCAGUUGCCAGACGACAAGAAUGACGAUGGGGCCACCAGCUCGGUCUCGAGCUCCAAAUCCGGUUCCGACGACUUGGAGAGUUCAGCAUCGAGCGAUACGGAUGGUGAUGAUGACUCCAGCAGCGGCGAUGCAGCAUCCCGAUCGCCUUCCAUCAGCGACUCGGCGCCCUCGGAAGUCGUGCGUCCUGCUCGCGUGAGAGCGCCGGUCUCGGCCACCUCGGGCAGUCCAGACUCGCCGCAGGUCCUGAUACCUCCCGGCCAGGGUACCAAUCGCACGAAGAGAAGGAAUCAAAAGAAGCGCCAAAGGGAGAAGCAGAUGCGACAGGCCAGGGCCGAGGCCGACUUCCUCGCCGCCAAAGACCGCGCAGAGAGACGGUCUCGAGGCGAAGUAGUCGAUGACGCAGAGUAUACUGAGACCAAGGAAAAAAUCGACGCCAAGGGCGAGAAUCUGGGAUGGGCCAUCGAUCUCUGCCCGUCGAGGGACAUCGACACAAUUGUGGCCAGACCAACACUGACGCAGCACGGUGUCGAGCAGCAGGCUUCGGAGCUCCCGCCCGGCGGCGGGAGCCUGGGCCUGGACGCGUCCGACGCCCGGCGCGCUCAGGCCACAGCGCAGAAACUCGCGGCCGCGCCCAGCCGUCAAUUUGCGGGCGUUACGCCUGCACCGACCCUAGAAGAGAUUGCCGCUAGGAUGCUUGCCAGCCGACCCGUCGGACCCGUCACGCGCAAGACCAAGAAGGACAGGGCGCACGCCAGCGGCCCUUUCAAAUCCCAGCCGUCAACAGUCGAUACGCAGGACGGUCAGCUCGCCAUCCCUGCCGCCUUUGCUGCGGCUGCUGCGACCACCUCCGCUACCGCUGCAGAGUUCGACUCGAGCCAUGCCGCAGGCACGUCUAUUGCCGCCAGCCGUCCCAUCGCCAGCAAUUCGAGAAUCGCCGCCCAGCACCAUAAGACCGGGAAGAAGUGGAAUCCGGUUCCGCCACCCUCACAGCGGCCGCCGUCCGAAAUCCCCUCAAGCAUCAAGGUGACGAGCAUCGACUGCGUCGAGUGGUACGAGCGCGAGUAUGAGCUGAUGCAGCAGCAGCAGCAACAGCUCGUUGACGAAGCCGAGGCAGACGAACAAGACGAGGACGAGGCGACACGCGCGUACCGUGCCAUGCAGCGCGAGGUCAAGGAGAAGCUUGCGGCGCGCAAGCGCGAAGAGGCGCUGCAGAAGCACGCCGAGCUAGCUCAACAGGCCCAGGCAGAGGGUGACCAGGUCACACUGGCCCAUGGCGCCCCAGCACAGGCGCCCGACGAGGACAAGGAGGACGAGCGAGAAAUCUCUGUCGAGAUCCUCGCCGAGAAAACGCUCAAGAUCCGUCCGCAGAUCAACAAGGUGCAAGGAAGGGGGCAGCGGCCGGCUCCGGGUCAUGGUCAGGGCCAGAGACCAAGCCAAAGCCAAGGCGCCGCGCGACAUGCUGCUAUCGCCGUUCGGGUGGAUCCGACAGAUAGCGUGACGGAGCUCGACUACGGCGAUCCCGACGACUCGGCCGCUUGGAUGCCGCGCAAAAAGACGCGCAUCGAAGCAGCGCCUACCUCCUUCGCCGCCGCCGCCACCGCUGCACUUAGCGAGGGGACGAUGGGAAAGGCGUCGUCACAGCCGGCCAAUGCUGGUGGGGCAGCCGCUGACAGGUCGGCAGGCAAGUGCGACGAACCGGCUGAGACUGAGGUGGGCCAGUCGAUUGGACGGAUGCAGCAGCUUCUCGAAGGGCUUCAGAAGGAUGAAGGCGGCGGCAAGGCCGGCAACGAUGAUGCCGGCGAUGGUGCUCGGGGACAGCGCGACCGGGAUGAUCAAGUCGAACAGGGGCAGGUGCGGGGGCGGGGGCAGGAUGAAGAUGCCAGUCUGACUGAGCUGGAGCGGGCGAGGAAAAGGGCCUUGGCGACGCUGAAAAGCCGUAGCCUCCAGCCGUAG